UAGUUGUAGAUGAGCAAGCGUGAGAAAAAUUACCCUUGAAUACCUUUCAGAAGCUUCUCGAUGCUGAGCGCUGAGUCCUGACUCCCUUUGCGCAGUACAUCACGCUUUGACUCAGGUGGCGCAUUAGUAUUGUGUUUGGAUGGACGUACCAUGCCCGCGUCAAAUCCCUAAAUGGUCCACUUCGGUCAGUCCACUGAGGCUAUGUAGUGUUUCGAUUUUUCGUUUCCUAUAUAUUCAGCUCACCCGCGCUCAUUUCUGUCCAUCAGAGCUUUACUUUCUCCAAAUCACUGGACUCCCUAUUUUUGCUCGCAUCAUAGACUUGCAUUGCAUCAUGUGUAAAUUUGUAGUACCCAUUCGUACUUGCUCAAAGUGCCACCAAAACGAACCACUUUUUGACGAGAAGGAAAGGCGGCUGUCGCAUAUCAAGAAUGAGCGAAAGCUAACAUACAUGGCACCUCCCCAGGACUGCUAUUCGCGGCGGUGUGUCUUCAGCAGUGAACACCCUGUCACUUGGCACGCCUGUUGGAUCACUUGUAAACAAACACAUGGCAAAACACGCAAGAUCAAGGGUGGCUCACCUUCGUAUGUUUGCCACAACUGUGCCUCAUGCCCACAGCGGCAUAGCUCAAGGUAGCCGCCUCAUGGCGUGGGCAAUGGCGUGCUUCGUCGACGGGAAAUUGGUUGGUUUUCUGGGUUAACAAGAUUUUCCGCAAAAUAAUAUCUGAUACUUGGUGUUUGUAUACAUAUGCGAUACCCACUGCGAAAUACCAUCCAUUCAACUUUCAGGCUCGAUUUUACUCAGAUCGGCGAUUGACCACUUGGCAUUGUUGGCGGGUGUCUCGGGUGGCUGGUUUGGCGAAUCAUUGCUUUGGACUGCGUCUUAAAUGUUGUUGAUUAGUAUGGCACCUAGGUGCCCGGGAAUAUUUGCAGUCAACUAAUGAACACAUGUAUCUCUUCGGAU